AAUUUAUUAUCAGAUUCUGACUAUUUUUUUAAAACUUUUUUGUAUACUGACUAAUCAGUUUAUAAAGCUCCUACUAAGAAUGAAGAAGAAACCGACAAGACAAGAAUCCCAACCUCUCUCUCCUUCUCCUUCUCUCUCUCUCUCUACAGUCUCUCUUUCCUCUCUGGUGUGGCGGUGAAACCCAGUCGGUCUCCAUAGAUCUCACAAUUCAAUUAUCAACCUCUCUUAUCUCACCAACCAAACCACUCAGCUCUAAACUAUUCCUUACUUUGGAGCUCUUCCAUUUGUGAUCUAUCUUAUCGAGAUGGGAUUUGUUUUUGUAGGUGUAAAGCUGAGCCUUUCAGAUUCAUUUAUGGUAAAUUUGGAAUGGAGUGAUGUUGCUCAGUGUUUGGAAUAUGAUAUUCUGGUAUCUGGGUUGUGAGAGAGAAGUUUAGUGACUAAGAGUUCUGGUAAUUACUUGGGAUAAUUUUGUAAGUCAACGAAUUGGAUUUGCAGAUAGAGAAAUCCAUAGAAGUUAUAUCUUUUGGUAAAGUAUUUAUCUUUGAACAAUAUGCAACAAAGGGUCAUGCCUUUGGAGGAAGGCAAGGACCCUGGAGCUGCUGCUGUAAAUAGGACAAGCCAAUACAAGGCAAUGCCCCUAAGGCUGCUUCAGUUAUUCGUAUUGUUUCUAGCUUUGUGUGUUACUUUUGCUGUUAUUAGCAUAUACACUAUUCGCCAUUUUGGAAUAUAUAAUGUGAUGGAUACGGUUAAGUCAAGUUUCCAGCCUUGUUUAGAGGAACCAAAUGGAUUGGAACGAUGGACUAGACCGCCAUCGAAUUUGAUUCACACUAUGAAUGAUAAAGAGCUGCUAUGGAGGGCUACUUUUGCCUCUAGAAUAAAACAAUAUCCUUUCAAAAGGGUUCCAAAGAUUGCAUUUAUGUUCUUGACUAAGGGACCAAUGCCAUUGGCACCUCUCUGGGAGAAGUUCCUUAAAGGACACGAAGGAUUUUAUUCAAUUUAUGUUCAUUCACUGCCAUCGUUUGAGCCUAAUUUCCCUCCUUCAUCGGCCUUUUUUGGGAGGCAAGUUCCCAGCCAGAUCUCUGAGUGGGGAAGGAUGAGCAUGUGUGAUGCCGAGAGAAGACUUCUCGCCAAUGCAUUGCUUGAUAUCUCCAACGAGUGGUUCAUUCUUCUUUCUGAAUCAUGCAUUCCUGUGUACAACUUCAGUCUCAUAUAUCACUACAUUGCCAAAUCCAAAUACAGUUUCACAGGGGCAUUUGAUGAUCCAGGGCCAUAUGGUAGAGGGCGGUACAAUACAAACAUGGCGCCUGAGGUGAACAUCACACAGUGGCGUAAAGGGUCUCAGUGGUUUGAAGUAAAUCGAAAGCUAGCCAUAAACAUAGUCCAAGACACGACAUUCUACCCGAAAUUCGAGAAGUUCUGUAGACCAGCAUGCUACGUGGACGAGCACUAUUUCCCGACGAUGCUAACCAUAGAAGCAAGCAAUCAGAUAGCAAACAGAAGCAUCACUUGGGUGGACUGGUCGAGGGGCGGAGCUCACCCGGCUACCUUUGGAGGAUCAGACAUAAAAGAGGAAUUCUUCAAGAGACUUUUUGAAAAACAGCAUUGCACAUACAAUAACAAGAACUCCACUGUGUGUUUUCUGUUUGCAAGAAAGUUUGCUCCAAGCUCUUUGGAGCCCUUGUUGCAUAUGUCCACUAAGUUUUUGGGAUACUGAUGAGGAAAGUAGUGAUGGUGAAGUGAGAGAGAGAGAGAGUGAAUAUACAGAGUUAUGUUAACCACAUUUGUACUUUUAGUUUGAGUACCUUUUCAGUUCAUGUUUUCAUGGUUUGACACUGUCUUCUUGUCCCCAACAUUACUUGAUGUACAGACUACAGAGAACCAGCUGAUGAGUUUAGAAGAUAGGCCAAAAUAUACUCAUUUUUGUAUCCUCUUGUGAUUAUUAUGAAUAAUUCUUUUCCCCUUUAA